AUGGCAGAGCAAGUACCAGUUCAACCAGAAAGUGUUCCUACAGUUGGAGCAGCUCCUCAUCCAGAUAUGCCUCAAGAAGGUAUGGAAGUUCCAUUUGGAUUUUUUGAUAAAAAUACUUUAAAGAAGUUGAUGUUUAUAUUUAUGAGGGAUGUUGAUAACUAUGCAAGAAAUUGGUUUACUAAUUUUAUGCAUGCACAAACAGAAGAUGAUGAGGAUGAUCAUGAUGGAAAACAUGGAUAUAUGUUACAUCAUAAGAAAACAUGGUUUGAACAAUUUAAGGCUUCCCUUUCUGAAGCAUUAGAUGGAAAGAAUAGUGUAUUCUUAUUGUUAUUUUUGUUUUUUGGAUUUGUAUUUUGCCUUUUAUAUCAUGCCUUCUUAUAUCAUUCAAUCAAGAGUGAACAUAAAGCCAAGAAGUUACAUUUAGAACAAGAAGAGAAUGAUGACGAUUAUCAUCAUCAUCACCACCAUGGACCCCCUUUCUACCCAUUUUUUGAACCAGAUUUUUCUCACGAUCACGAGCAUGAACACGCACAUGAACACGCACAUGAACAUGGACACGAUCACGGACAUGAUCAUGGACAUGAUCACGGACAUGAACAUGGAGCACAUGAAUGUACAUGCAAAAAUAAGGGGAAUAAAAAACCAGGAGAAUUAUGUGAUUGCCAAAAAGCAAAAUUAGAACAACAAAAAUCAGAGAAAUAA